AUGCUAUCGUCUUGUAAUUCCACCACUUAUCGCACCGAAUUGUUGAGGAUUUUCAAGGAAUUAUGCCUAAAGAGGAUAGCCAAUGAAUUGGGGCUGAAUAAGGUAUUUUUAUUCUCAAAAUUUCCAAAUUUUCCCUUAAAAAAAUUUAGAUAAUGUUACCGGACGAUUCAGACGAUCUUGGCCGCUUGGCCUUGUCCCAACUUUGUUUAGGACGAGGUUUUUUUUGUUGUUUUAUACGAAAAAUCGGACGUUUCUGGGUCAUUCAAGUGAUCUCAGUGCCGCUGAAGUGACCACUACAAAUGCUCAGAAACGUCCGGUUUGUUUACGAAUGUCGAAGUAGAGGACAAAAAUUGCUUCCCAUAGAGAAAUAAUUCAGGUGUUCCCUGUAGGGGUUUAGGGUGUGACCCGUGAACCUCGAAAACCUCGAAAACCUAUAUGGUCUUUUAAUUUUUUGGUCAAGUUAAAAAUGAAAAAACAAUGCAAGUAACGCUGAUUUAUUGAGUUUUUCGCAUGUGAAUGCUUCUUCCCACAGAGUUCAUAACAAUCAAUAAUCGACUAGCAUGCCCUAUAGGGGCCACUUUUGCUAGCUUUAGUGGCCCCUAGAUGAGAACCUUCAAGGGCCUCUAAUAUUGCCCCUAUAGGGAUCUCUCUGUAGUUCCUAAGGGCGUUAUCGAAGACCAAGACCUGGAAAAGAGUAACUUUCAACAAUUUUCAGGAGGAGCCGUCUCAAACUUGACCGGAGUUUUGGACAAACGGAAAAAUGUCGUUUUUGUGAGGCCGAUCCGCGAAAUUUCCAAGGCCGAAAUCGGAAUCUUCAACCACUUAUCCGGUUUCGAUAAUGAUUGUGUUCAUUUGGAACAUGAGGUUUGAAAUUUCGCGUUUUUUUCCUCGUACUUUUCCAGAACUUUAAAAAGUAUUUGAAAUUUUACUUCAAAAAUAUCGUUUCGGAAGUUUCUAAAGAAUCAAAAAUAACAUUGAAAAUGGUUUUUUUUACUUCCAAAACUUCAUGAAAUUUUUGAUAUUCUCGUUAAAAAUUCAGAAAAUAACUUUUAGAUUGAAAAACCGUCAAAAUCUUCAGAAUAUCUCCAAAAAUCCCUCAAAAUUUCAAGCACAUCUUAAGAAACACCUCGAACUUUUCAGAAAAUCUUCAAAAACUCGGUCCAAUCCCUCACCGACGGAUUCGUCGGGACUCUUUUCAAUGAAGGAUUCAAGGUUUUCUCAAAUCUUUCGAACUGAAGAAUUGUGUAUGUUUCAGUCGACAAUCACUACGGUUCUAAGUACGACCGGAAAAAUUCACGGGGCCGAGGAAGGAAAUACGACGGAUAGGUGUCGUUUUUGUGAUAUCGAAUUGGUUCCAAAUGGAGAUUUAUUGUGUCCAACUUGUAUUGCAUUGAAUGAUUCGUGUAAUUUCGAUAUUUUGAAGCUUUGUCCUUCUUGAAAAUAAUUUGAAUUUAGAAAGAAUUUUUUUCCGUUUUUUUCCUGUAUUUUUUUGAAAAAUUUUUCCAAGUUCAACAACUUUUUUUAAAGUUUUUUUAAGGCUCAGGAUAUCUAAAAAUAUUUUUUUGAAAAAAAGCCUAUAACUUCAGAAUUUUUUUCAAAUUUCGCCUAUACCCCUUUAAAAACCACACCAAUGCUCUUAAACGAUUUUUGUGUCUAAUUUUUGAUUUUCAAUGUGUCAGUGUCUUUUCCCGGUUGAAUCGCCUUGUUAUUCUUGUUGUUGUUUUUUUUAUUAAUCUAAUUUUGUUGAACAAAUUCUCGUUGCUUAUAUUGUUAAGAAUAUCUAUAAAUAAAUAUUGAAAAAAGGUCAAAAGCACAAAAACGUGGUUCAAAUUUUUGACAAAAAGAUUCCCUAGGUAUUAGUUUCAAACAAGCUUAUUAUAAACUCAGAUGCUCACAAAUUUCCAAAAAGAGAAAAUCGCAAGAAUUCCUGAUGACAGCUCCGAGGACAAACAUUGGCCGAAAGGCUCGGAAUGUCUUCGAUCGCCUAGAUCUCAUGGGUCUCCGCAAUUUCGUCCUCAAGCUCAUUUCGGGAAGAGGUAAGACUUCUACUUGAAUUGAGAAUAGGUCAUUUUGAGAACAUUCCCCGGAAGGCGAUUGGGUCGAAGGCCUCCAGGUCGACCAUUUUGAGCCCUACACCGCCGGACAAGUCACCAAACACUUCACUGCGACGGUAAAGCUCAUUCCGGGACAGCUUCUCACAAUUUUUGUUUUCUUCCUAGCCACAGAACCAUACAUGGACUUCCUUCUAAACGCGCUACUGUGUCUUUGCAUGCCCUUAUAAUACCGGGAAAGUUUUUAGUGGACAUUUCAGUGAUUUCAACGUUUCAGUGACCACUAUAGUGGUCCUAUUAGUGGCCUUUUAAGUGGAUGAAAUUCAGUCGCCACAAGUCUAAGUGGCACUCAGAGACCACUAAGAAUUUUAGAGGCUUCUAUAGAGGUAGUCUUAGUAGCCAUCUUAGUGUCCUCUCCAAGUAGUCCUUGAGGGACCUUUUAAUAAUCAAGUAAAGUUUUUUUCACGGCGUAAAAAUUAUUUUAGGCCAAAUAAAAGGCGCAGAGGAGGGAAGCUUCACGGUAGGGUACUGUAGCCAUCGAAAAAAGGUCCUGACAGGAUAAAAAGAAACAGUCUCUGGUUGAUGGAGAGGGCAGACAGACCAUACCACCCUUGUGUCCCUAGUUACUCGUAAAUCGACUACAAAAUUUGAACAGCAAUCUUCAUUUUUUUUUUCUCAGGUCGCCGACGAAAUAACCGUCCCUAGAGGGACCACUAUCAAAGCACUCUACCGUGAAGAGCAAUGGAUUUACGUUCAAGCUUCUGAUGGCCGGCGAGGAUUCGUUCCACAAUCUCAUUGCAAACUUCGAGUUCAACGUAAGUGAUCACUCAAGGAAUUAAGUGCUUCAAAACGUAUUGUUUGCCUGUUAAAAGGCGACAAAUUUUCUGUAAAAAAAAACUUCGGGUCCACUUUAAGGGGUCACUUGAGGAUUUUAGUGAUCAAAACUUCUUACUGGACUGUUCACAGGCGCAAAGUUUUUUUUAUUCGAAAAAACAGCUUUUUACCUCAAAAUCUCUAUCAAAUGCUAAUUGAGAACUACAGUAAGAAUUUCUGAGAAUUAUAAAUAUCAACACCGUUAAAUAACUGAUAUAUGUUUUCAAGAAGGCCCAAGACCUCGUCGAGACGUCGCCACCAUACAACGGAAACGUAUAAAGGAAGCUUCCAAUAAUUCUACAGUUUGAAAAAAUCAUUUUUUUUCAAGUCAUCUAUCAAUAAUAUUCAGCUUCGACGUCCGCUAUCCCAAAAUAACAUUGAGAAGGUCGAAAAAAGAUGGGAAAAGUCGAAUUUGGAGCGAUUUCUCGACAGUUUGCCGGUGAAAAAAGAGGAGGGAGAACUUUUUGUAACGGUAAGAGUUUCAUUGAAGGAAUUUUCGAACAAAAGAUCGGUAAACUGUUUAGAAAAGGUUUUGAAGGGAACAUCAAUAAAAAAAUUUAACGCAAGAACAAAAAUAAUCUAAAAAAAGCUUCAAAAAAAUUCUAAUUUUUUUCUUCAAGUUAUCUAAUAAAUCUGAAAACAGGUACAAAAAAAUUUUAAAAAAAUCAGAAAAAAAGGGGCUAUUUUAACGACAAAUCCCAGAAAAAUUACCAUGAAAAAGAAAGUGAUGAAGUUUUUUUCGAUUUUUCUAAUUAAGAAUAAAAAAAUUCUAUUUUUUCUAAAAGACCGAAUUUUACAGAAACCAGAAGCCAAAACUAUCGUAAUCUACUCUUUCAAUGGUCAAAAGACGGAUGAUCUUUCAGUUGAAGCAGGAGAGUCGGUUAGUUAUUUAUUUAUUUUCGAAGUCUGUUCGAACUUCGAAUGUCAUGACAUCAUUCGGAAAGGCUCUGCGGAUAGCUCGCUCUCUGAUUGGUCUAUCGCGGCAUAAGGGGCGGAGCUUGAGCGACGACUCGAAAUUCCAAAUCUGACUGAUUUUCUUGAACUCUUCUCAGGUCACCGUCCUGAAUACAACGGAUCCAGAUUGGACCUACGUUUCCAAUAUUCACAAUGAUCAAGGGUUCGUACCAUCGACUUUUUUGGAAUGUGCUUCUGACGAGCAACGGCAUGGAAAAGGGCAGAACAGGUGGAGAAUCGAAAAUUCCUCCUUUCUAUCUUAUUUAAUAAAUUAUCUCUCACAAAACCACUUUUCUCGUUUCCAGAAAACGCGGAAUAAAGACAAAUCAGUGAUUUAGAAACGCUAGAAAACUCAUCUGAAUCAAGUAAUUUGGAAUCUAACUUCGUACAAAGCUGAAUAUAGAAACAUAAGAGGAAAAUGGAAUCAGUCUCUCUAGAAAUCUUGACCUUCUUUAACUGCGCGAAAAUGAACGAUUCGAGUCAAUUUCAAUUUAUCAAAACUCCUUUCAACAGCUGUACUGAACGAAACUGUUUUGGUAAAUAAUGAAUCGAAAAAUCCAAAAAUGUAAAAAAAAAUUAAAUCACUCCCUCUAGAAAUCUAAACCCUCUCUUUCUCUAAUCGAGCCCUUGAGUAUUCUUUUCAGUGAGCCUAAAAUUGGCUAAGUUAAGCUGGGUAGAAGUUUCAGAGAGAAAUAGGAAAAAGUCGAAGUUAUUCUUUCAGUGUUACGCUCAUUAAGUUGUUGCGAAGGAACUAUAGUUUCAAGUGAGAAUCUCUAGGCCCUCUCUUUCUCUCAACAUUCAAGUAUUCCUUUUAGUGAAAGGUGUCUCCUAAAAGCAUAGAAAACAUUUUCCCAGUGCGAUAUUUCAACCAUCAAACAGUUAUUUUUGCUUUGAUGUUUUAAAUUUCUGGACAGAAAAAAGAAACUAAACCGGAAACGUUUCCAGAAAGGCAGAAGAAGAGGACGUCGAUUUAUUGGUGGUCGAAGAUCAUCCAGGUAGAUCGGCCGUUGAUUUGACAGUGGCGCCUGGAGAAUGGAUCCGAGAACUUUCUCCACAGGUUUGACGUCACUUUUGAAAUAUACGGAAGUGAUUGGAAAUGUUAUGACGUCAUUGAAAAAGAAGAAUUUGGCCGUUUAAAGGUCCUUUGUAAUGGUAACGUUGUGAAGUGAUGCUUGAUUUUUCCGUUUUGUUGAAAUAAUUAUUUGAGAAAUAAAUAAGUACUCUUCGUCCAAUAAGAAUAGGGCCGCCCUCGAUUUGAAAUUUUUCGGUGAAUCUAGAAAAGAUAUCGAAAACCUGUGAGAGUUUCAUCAUCCUAGAAGUUUCCUCACUUGUAAGCCAUCCAAAAAUCGGGUUUUUAGCCUUCCAAUAAGGAUAGAAGCACCUGAAAAAUUUUGACCUUUUUUUGAACAAUUUUUUUCUCUUUUUCUCCUGUUUUAUCAGCGAGUUUUUUUCUUAUUUAUACCAUUUGCGCCUUAGUCUGAACGUUUUGCGCUUCAAACCUUCCAUUUCCGAAAAAUUAUUUUUUUCAUUUUUUUCUAAAACUUAAUUUUUUUCAAUUUUUUUCAAUUUUUUUAGCAAUAUUAAAAAAAUUUAGAAAAAAAAAUUUUUUUCUUACUUCCUUAUUUAUUCAACAAAACGUUUUUUUCAGCUUUUUCCUGAAAAUCUUCGUUUUUCUAAAUAUUUCAAAUUUUUAAAGGUCGACGGAUGGAUGUGGGCCAAGCGUUGCGGCGACGGAAAGGAAGGAUUUGUACCGGCGAAAUUUGCCAUUCUCGCCACGGAUCUUUGA